UAUUGUAUUGUUGAAACGAUUAACGGGUUCAAGAUUCAAAUAAUCAAUUUAUUAAUGUAAUCUUGAGGGGUACGCUUCACUUGGUUAUUCUUCCUUUAUUGCUGGGCUAUAAAACAGCCAGCGAGCAUAUUUUUCGCCGGGGGAGGCGGACGAGGGGCUUGUUAUCUCGCUCGAGGUUUCGAUUUUGCUGUAAGAGUUGGGUGCUUGUGCGUUUUUCCCGCCAAAUCUAUUCCCCUGCGUUGGGGGACUGGUGUAGUAGCCCAGAAGACACCGCGGUUUUAUGAAACAAGAUGGCGGCCACGGGGGCGACUACGGUGAUUCCAGGAUGUCAGAAUCUCACAGGAUACUGGGCUCCAGGUCAUGGAAUACUUGUACACACAUCAGAUGGCAGACCAAGAACUUCCCAGAGUUCCACACAUUACAGGUAUCCUGUCUUACAUGAAGUCCGUUGGGGAGCUGACUUUCAAAGUGUUAUAACUCGCAAGCUGAUUAAUGAGACCCAUGCUAUCUUUAUGGAUCUUCAACAUGUUCCUGACGGUGGGGGUACAGGAAGAAAAGCUAGCCUGAUAAAGUUCAGCAGGAGAUAUCGAAGUGUGGUGAGAGCUUGUAUCCUUGACCUUGAGGAGAAGUCUGCCUUUAGGGAGUCUUCAACUGGUGCAAGAUAUCCACACUCAACACCUGAUGGGCCUCUUGGCUCACAUGCAGACUUAACCUUUACCUAUGUGACUGUUGAUCCCACUUUGUGGGUGUGA